UUUUGGAAAGCUGAUUUUCAAGCUUUCUUUCUGAAAAAUACGAUUUGAAUUUGCUACAAACAUACACCACAAACUACACAAUUUAGUCUGUGUGUAUUUUUAGAGCCUAGACUGCAACUCAUUUGUUUCAGUUUAUUUAAUUUAAAUUAAACUCGAACGAUGCUUUUAUUAUGAAAGUUUCUGCUGUUUAAAAACAUGGAGGGAAAAUCUUCAGGCGACUUUGUAGUGACGCUGAUAUAUGUAGAUAAAUACUAACUGAUAGAGUCUCUAGUGUUUCUUUAUUUCACCAAACUGUGUGGCUGUCUUAUUGUUGAACCGGAUGUGUCGGGAUGCAGAGCUCAGACGGAGCAGAAAAGUCUCAACAACAGAGGCUGGUUUUCUUCGACUUGGAGACAACUGGACUGAGUAAGAGUUGUGAGAUGGUCCAGCUGGCUGCAGUGAGUGGAGGUCACUCCCUCAACCUGUACCUCAUCCCUCGGGGUCAAAUGCAGCGAGGAGCGUCCAAAGUGACCGGCUUCAUGGUCCGCAGACAGAGGCUGUACCUCCAUCGCCAGCCUGUCUUCACCAACACCCUGCGAGAGGCCCUGGUCUCCUUCAUAGCUUUCCUCCAGAUGUUCAGACAUCCUCUCGUCGUCGGCCACAACAUCCGCCGCUUCGACUGUCCUGUGCUUGCCCGAGCUCUGGAGGAACUGGACCUCCGGGCAGAGUUUGAGGCCGCGGUCUCCGGCUAUGUGGACACUCUGCCUCUGGCCCGGGAGAUGCUGAAGGAGCGCGGCCUCAAGAGUUUCCGACAGGAGAACCUGGUCAGGGAGCUGCUGGGUGUGAACUACAAGGCCCAUGAUGCUUUGGAGGAUGUGCGGGCUUUGCAGGCUCUGUAUAGUGUGCUUCAGCCCACACCAGAGUUGAUCUGUAGGCAUCUGUUCACCCUGGACACCAUGAAGGACAAGCCAGCUGCUCAGUCUAAAGAGCCAAAAGGACAGCGCCCCCUGAGGGAGAACGUAAAACAGACAGCGAAGAUCACAGAGAGUAAAGAGGACAAAGCCACACAGGAGAACAUGUGAAAACAUCUGGACGUUUUCAUUACACAAAACAAGAUGGCUGCUGUUCUUUUGAAGCUGUCAAUUUCCUCAAAUGCUUGAUGGUGGAAGUUGAACAAAUGAAAGAUUGACUUCACUUCAGUGUAUCAAAAAGAAAAAUGAACCGCAGCGCAAAUGGGAUUAUACCACUGUGAUUUUGAAAGGUGAGAGAAGUGAAAACUAGACAAUGCAUGCACAAAGUCCUACUUCUGUGUUAUGCAGCACUAAACAAAAAAGCACUGAAACCCUCUAGAUUAGGGUGCGAUUAGUUGGUUAACAAAAACAUGCACUGAAAUGUAUUGCACAAUAAUCUUUGAGACAAAAAAUAUGUUGCAUCUAUGGGAUUCUUCAAGAGGGUUGUGGAAAUAUGUUUCUAUUUGCUAUUCUUUAACGUUAAUAUUUAUAUUGUUUUGUUACUGAACAUUUUGUAUCUGUUUUUAUCUGAAUUUAUUUUCCGUGAGUUCUACAUAAUAUUUCUAUUGAAGGUAAAUUCAUCUGCUAAUAAAAGUAUUGUAUUUCUACAGGGUGUCCAGAAUGCUAUGCAACAUUUUUGGUGAGUGCUUUGUAACACAUGAAUAUUUUAGUCAAUUAUUUAGAAUAAUGGAUUAAUAUGAUACCAUUGCAGUCAAAGAUAGCACACGGUCAUUUUUAAUGGUUUCCCACUUCAAAUGUUCAAAUUUAAAUUCACAGAUUUUAGGACCUUUUUGGCGCUC